AUGUUAUGCCAUAAAUUAAUCACAUUAUCGAUUUCGUGUAUAUUACGAAUUAGUAAAUUGCAUAACAAUGUAAUUUUUUCUUUCAUAAAAAAGGAUUUUUGGUGGUCAAGUUUCAUGCAUUUAUCAGAGUCCAUCAAAUAUUUAAAUGUAAAAAAAAGUAACAAAAAUAAAAUUUCUCCUGCGCUUUCUAAAUAUUUAAAAAAUAUCGAUCCACCAUUUAGAGAAAAGAUUAUAGAAGAUUACAUGUCAUUAAAUCUAAGAAAUAUCAAUCCAUAUUUAAUAAACAAUGAAAUAAGCAAUGAGUUUGCUAGAUUCAUCAAAGAUGAUUUGUUAGAAAAUAUGUCUUAUGUAAUUGAAUUAAAUCCUGGCUAUGGUUUGUUAACAAGAAAGUUGUUAGAAGCUAAUGUGCCACUUAUACACCUUUACGAAUAUCAUAUUGAAUUUUAUCCUGAACUACAAAGGUUGAAAGAGAUCUUUCCUAAUCGUAUUAGCAUAAAUGAAGUAGAUCUUCAGAAUAUAUCCAAAAUGUUGAAUUUAAAAGACACAUCUCACAUGUCUAAUAAAUCUAAUAAAUAUAUAUGUGAAUUGUUUACUAAUGUACCAAAAAGAAACUGGGAAGAGGAAAGUUGUAUGCAAAUAAUUGGAACAGUAACAAAUUUUAUAUUUAUGAAACAUUUAAUAAUGAGUGUAAUAUUUCAAACAGGCUUUAUGAUGCAUGGAAGAGCAAUUUUUUAUCUUGCAUUAUCACCAAUUAUAUGGAAUUGUUUGGUACAUUAGAUAGAAAAGGAUUUCUGCCAUGGCAAAAAAUUAAAAAAUCAAACAUUACAGAUCAACUGUUUUAUGUUGUAAAGUUAGAACCAAAGCCUAAUCUUUUAUUAUUGUUUGGUGAAAAGGAAGGUGUAAUAUAUUUUUGGCAUUUUGUUCGAUAUUAUUUCUAUAAGCCAACAUUGAGGGUAAUACCAUCAUUAGAGAAAAUGAUACCAGGUUUUGGUAUAAGAUUAAUAGAAAAAAAUUAUAAUAUAUUUACCCAAUUUGAUGAGUUAAGUACGAAUCAAAUUAUUGAUAUUUAUAUGGAACUUAAAUCUUGGCCAGGAUUUAAAGAAAGUUGUUUUGAAUCGAGUGCUAAUAUAAUCAGGAAAAUAUAUGAUCCAUAUGUUAAUAUGCAGGAGAAUGAAACAAGUUAUAAAUGUGAUUGAAUAUUUAAUAAACAUAAAAUAUAAAAAUGAUGUUUUGAGUUAAUAAUUUUUAUAUUUAAAGUUCGUCCACUCUAUGUUUGUAUUGGAUAUAAAUGCGCUUGGAUAUAA